UGGGUCUGCACUGCAGGGCAGCUGACAGUUUCUGCAACACUGACAGGAGGUGUUCACGCUGCGGUUGUUCUCCCGGCUCACUUAAAAGCAGCGCUGAAAACAUUUUUUUCUGGAGGUUUGAAAGCGCGAAGACGCAGGAAAUUAUGAGGAAGGCAGAGCUGUGAUUUUUUUUUUAAUUAUUAUUAUUCUUUUUGACGUCUGAGACAGAAGGAGGUGAUGGAAAACAAAGCAAUGUAUCUGAGCACAAAUGAAGAAAGGGAGAGUGCUGCCAUGUAUGAGGAAGUCUACGAUGGACACAACUUGUCCAAGCUUAAUCUUUGUGAUGAAGUGUCUGGAAAGCGCCGCAGGAAGCAGGACCAGUGCUGCAGCCUCCUGAACUCGCUGUCAGCUAUCAAAUAUGCCAUUGUGUCCUUGUACGUCCUGGUUCUUCUGACCAUCUUUGGACUCUGCUUGGCAGUUUCCCGAUCCCAGGUGUCCUCACGGCGCCAGGAGGUGCUGGUGGAGAAUGUGACUCGGAUGUCAGAGCACACUAAUGUGCUCCAGCAGACCCUGGGUGAGGCGUCCACUCAGGCCGACCUUCUGGAAAACAUCUGGAAACUAGAAAACAUCUUUCAGAACCACAGCAACUGGCUGCAGAGGCUGGAGAUCCUCAUCAAGGGUUUGGAGGUGGAGCUGAGGAAUAUCCAGGCUAACUCUCUUCAGUCGGAAAGCUACCUGGUACAGCUGGACGACAAGUUGUCCUCUUUCACCAGCUCUGCCGGCAGGAACCUGACGGUCUUAAGCGUGGAUGUGGCCCGAACCUCCAGAUGGCUCCGUGACCAUGAUACCCUUCUGAGGGAGACAUCCGGCCAUUUGAAUGGGCUCAGAGAGAAACUAGAUGAGGUCAACUGGACUGUCGGAGCUGUUAAUCACACCUUCACCAACGACAUCAGCAUUCAUCACCUUAAAAUACAAGACUUGCAGAUACAGAUCAGUAACAUAACAGAGGACACCAGCAGUUUAUGGGUGACGCACAUCCACACAGAGGCCCAGCUGAGGAACGAGAUGGAGAUCCUGAACACAUUAACUGAGGACCUCCGUCUGAAGGACUGGGAGCACUCCAUGACCCUGAAGAACCUCACAAUGCUAGAAGGACCUCCAGGCCCGAAGGGUGAAAAGGGUGACAUUGGCCGAGUGGGCCACCCUGGAGUUCCCGGGAUCAUUGGCCUACAAGGACUUACAGGAGAGAAGGGAAUGCAAGGCACCCAGGGAAUGAAAGGAUCUCCUGGGGCUGAGGGUCCACGGGGAGAGAAGGGUGAACGCGGACCAGUUGGGCCUAAAGGUGACAGGGGGGAUAGGGGCUUCAAAGGGGACAAAGGUGAUCGAGGAGACAGAGCAGAACGAAUAGUUGAGGAGCCUCUGGUUCGGUUGGUGAACGGGUCAGGACCUCAUGAAGGCCGUGUGGAGGUGUUGCACGAGCGUCGAUGGGGGACGAUCUGUGACGACGUCUGGGACAAAAAGGAUGGAGAUGUCGUCUGUAGGAUGCUCGGAUACAGAGGAGCAAUAGAAGUCCAUAAGACCGGGCGUUUUGGACAGGGUACUGGUGUGAUCUGGAUGGACGACGUUGCUUGCACGGGGAGUGAAGACACCAUCCACCAGUGUAAGUUCUCCGGGUGGGCCAAAACGAACUGCGGCCACGUGGAGGACGCCGGCGUGACGUGCGCGGUCUGAACAUUCAGGAUUACUCGCUGCAGCUUGACUUUUCUUCCUACCAGGCCUUUGUACCUUUUUUUUUUUUACCACGCUUUACAAGGAGGGCCUUUUUAUCAGUAUUGUUGCUCACUUACCACCAAAAAGUGCCUCCUAACCAGAUAAAAACUCAUUUUUUACAUGUAUUUUUGUGAGAUCAUGAGAACUAUUUCAUCUAAGACUGAAGGACAGUUUUAUUUUUCAUGACCUGCACCAAGGAUCACAUGACUGGAUAAUUCCUUCUGCUCACCUAAUAAGAAUGAAGCGACCGAUGAUUUUGUAAAGGACCUUCACAAAACAUCUCAUGUUACCUAAAAGACGAUGAAAUGGCUCUUAAGCAAGGUCAGAAAACUGUAAAUGAUUACAUUUCCCUCUACCAGCAGCUGCUUGUUGCAGCAAGAUGUUCAAGGGCUUCUGCAGAGCAUGACGGCUGUGCCUUUUUUCUUACAAUACGACCUUGUAUAAUACUUUUUUGAGUGAUGCUUUGCUGGUCAAAAGAUGCCUCAAAGCGAAA